UUUAGAUAAUUUGACUUCUCUAGUACGAUAAUCCUACAUUUCUCACCUGGCAACACGAGCGUCUUAGCUGUUAAUGGACUCUGGUCGCGCGCAGGUCAACUCCAUGGUUUUACACACUCUCGCUGAUUUUACACCAUGGCAGCUUCGGCAAACGCUUGUUUGCUGUUGGUUCUCCCCAGCCCAACAAAAAUUAAUCUACGCGUGCCGUUUGGGGAUAUUUAAUUAGGAGGAGUGACAGAAAUUAGCACCGACGGACCUCGACCUCAUCAGCUAAUGCGCAAAAUGACGGCUUCUUCUUAUAUUUCUCUCUUGUUUGUUGCGGGUUUUCACCUUGUCCUUAGUGUGGACUUGAAGGAGACACCGACACUUGGCUCGACUAAAACUCCCAGACUUCUGAGCAAAGGUUCAAUCGGUGGUGAAUAUGAAUAUGAGGUCCAUCAGAACCACAGCGUGUUCCUAUACCAGGAGGACUCAGACGAGCUUUAUGUUGGAGGGGAAGACUUUGUGUUGAAACUGGAUGCAAAUAACUACCAGGUCUUAGAGAGAUUUCCACUGGAAACGACAAGGGAGCAGCUGUGCCAUGAGGGUCCAUGUAAAAAUAUAAUCACUGUAAUUGAGAAGUUUCAGGACAGCGUGUUUGUAUGUGGAACGAAUGGACUCAAACCAAAGUGCUGGAAGCUCUUUCCCUCUAUAAGUAAUCAGACAAAUGAAAUAGUAGAGAGUUAUGAGGGGACCGGCAUCUCUCCAUUUGUCCAUACACAGAACUCCUUGUCGCUCACAGUAGACCGGGAUUUAUACGCAGCAGCGCCUUUGGAUGCUGAUGGGGGUUCGUUACAGUUCAGGAGAAAAGCUGGCGACAGAACCAACGUCUGGAUGCACGACAGCUGGGUCUCAGAGCCCACAUUCAUUUCGGCGAACUGGGUAAAGCGUGUGGACGACCCUGUAAAUGAGAAAAUUUACAUAUUUUUUCGUGAAAAGAACUCGGACCCCAGCCCAGAAGCCGACCCCUGGAUUUCCCGAGUGGCCAGAGUUUGUAAGGUUGAUGAAGGUGGAUCAAAACGGUUCUUCCAGAACAUGUGGACAUCUUUUCUUAAGGCUCGACUCGUCUGUGGGUUUCCAGAUGAAUCUUUGUAUUUUAACCGUCUCCAAGACGUCUUCGUGAUGCACGCUGAGGAUUGGCAUGACACAAAAAUCUACGCCCUGUUUUCAAGCAGCUGGAACUCAACUGCAGUUUGCAUCUAUUCAAUAGGAAUGAUCGAAGAAAUCUUUGAGAAUUCAACUUUCAGAGGCUACAAUAAAGAGAUUCCUAACCCAAGACCAGGAUCGUGUGUACCAAACAGCAAGAGUCUGCCACGAGCCACUGUGAACAUAGUGAAGGAUCACCCCGAGAUGACGAACUGGGUCCACUCCCUGAAUUACAAAGCUCCGUUUUAUAUAAGCAACAACAAUUAUACAAAAAUAGCUGUUGACCAAGUACAAGGAGCCGACCAGCAAAUGUACAACAUUUUGCUCUUAGCUACUGAUUCUGGGAAGGUCCAUAAAGUCCUAGAGGCUGAGUCGGAGCCCUUCAUUAUAUCUGAAACACAACUCUCCACCGAUUCAACCAUACAAGCAAUGAAGCUUGACACCAAAAAGAAAACAUUAGUUGUGGGUUUUUCUGAGAAAAUAUCCACCGUGGCGCUUCAGAGAUGUGAAGAGUACGCCAACUCUUGUGCAGAAUGCGUCCUGGCCCGAGACCCGUACUGUGCCUGGACCACAUCUGGAUGCACCCGAGCUGUCCCCGGGGGCAUUCAGAAUAUCAUGACUGGGGAAAUAAGUGUGUGCUCUACAGCAGAAGAAGAAUCUAAGCCGCUGAACAGAUCCAAACGACAGGUGGAUUCACAGACGGACUCAAGGACCAUUCAUUCAGUCCCAGACAAGGUCCCUUUCUAUCUGUCCUGUCCUAUAGACUCUUAUCAUGCCGUGUACACCUGGGAGCAUGAAGGACUCAGCAGUCCCUGUCUGCAGAUGCAUUCUGAGUGUCUGCACCUCAUCCCCUCCAUGGCACAAGAAAACUACGGGAACUACAACUGUGUCUCCAGAGAGAAAAACUACACCAAGAUUGUGAAGAAAUACCAGCUGAUGGAGCAGAGACUUCCUGAUGAAACGAAAAACACUCAGUGGAGAAGUAUCAAUUAUUAUCUGACCAACGCAUCAGGCCCUGCUCAGCAGUCGUUAUGGAUUCUGCUACAGAAUGUAGUAAUGUGGGGGAUUUUUAGAUAGCUUUUAAGCUUUUUGUUGCUAGUGCGGUGAAAACUGAGGCCACAAUAAAGAAAAGGUUCCCUUUAAAAAUAUGCAAAACAGCUGAACAAGUAAAGCAGCACCCAUUCUGCUGAGAACAUAUUUAUGCUUGUUGGACUGGAGCAGAGCUUUGCUUGACAGAAACGUCAACAGGAACCCUUCACAGCCAAGGCUGUUUUUAAAUGGGGAGAACAGGACAAUGUUGAAAAGACUCAGGAAGGAGACAGAACUGGUUACCAGUACACACAGUGUGAACAGGUCAAUGUUAAUGCUGCAAUUCUACUACUAAGGAAGUACUUGAAUUCCUUUCAGUUGAGCAGAGUGAAAGAAAAGGAAAUUGCCGAGUGCCAUUUGUUGUUGGCCAUUAAAUGGUAAAACUCUGAGCAUAAAAACU